AUGGCAAGAAGAUCCCUUUCGCUUCCAGGACGGUCCUCGCGACUUUCUCAUGUCGAAAGAAAAGGAAGUAUAUCGUUAACACGCCGAAAACAGGUUCAUUGGUCAAAUGAGCUAGAAGAAGUGAUCUAUUUCCCUCCCGAUUGUUCCACCUUAAGCACCGAUGGACUUUUUGAUCGUCGAGUAAAACUAAUGCGUUCUAAAAGCUUGAAAACGCUUUACAAAUCCAAGAGACUACCGCUCAAAGCGACUCAGUCACUCGCAAGAGGUAUCAACGACGCCAAUUCGUCUUUAAUCCGCACCGGCGUGAAUAUUUUAACGCAGCAGCUUGAUCGGUUCAAGAGCCGAAGCGAAAACUUGGAAAUUUUUGAUCAAGAGAGCAAUAAUCGCUGGAAAGAACUUCUAAGAAACUAUCAGAAACGAAUGAGAGACCUUCUUGAGGAACAAGAGGAGGAGUGGGUGUGAUGCGUGGAUCGGCGAACACGUGGACCGACACUCUGAUCAGUGUUAAACGAUUUCUGGCUUAAAACAGGAGCAAACGUGGUCACGUUUACAACUGUUGUCGCCAUUAAAGGCGUGGGUGGACAGCUGUAUUGAGGAAGAAAAUACCCGCAAGAAUUGCAAGGAAACACUUGGCGGAAAGAGAAUUAAGUAGAGGAACUGAAUACAAACGAAAGGGUAAAGGAAAUGACGUCGAAUUAAUUUGUAGAGAGGAAAGCUUUUAAAAACAUCUGUAAAUGCUGGACUUUACCCUGGUUUUAUUGAAUGAAUAAUUUAUCAAUAUAAACAUGUCAGGUCAGGUUAGACGGGUUUGAUUUUUAUGUAAGUGAAAAAACAUGGCAAGGUUCGUGAAGUUUUAUAAGUUAUACGCUGCCGUUUCUCGUAAAUUUUAAGCAAAUUUCUGUGCAGGUCUCUGAAUGUGCUUAUCGCCUUAACCGAGUCUUUUCGUUGCGCUUAAAAAAGUCCUUGCCUUUUCGUACUUAAAUAUUUUUAACGUUUUGAGUAAGCACCGUUGUAUUUGUAACGAACAAAACCUAUACUUUUUUGUCGGACCAACGAGACUAAAAUAAUAAUAUAUUGAAUGUAAAUAACAAACUAUUUUACGACCGGUGAGGUUUACUAUAUCGCGCAUUUACCUUGAAUUUGUUUUUCAUACAUGUAUAGCGGCUGUGUGUGCCAUUCUUUAAGUGUUUGUGGUAAUUUGCUGUUUGAAGAAAACAAAAAGAAACAAAGUGUUUAGUAAUGGUUGAAAAUGUAACCUUGUUAUAAUCAGUUGAAGUUUAAACCUUUUCAAGUCAAGGUCAAGGGAACCUUUAAAUUGCAGUUAAUUCAGAGCAGAAUUUGUUAAUAAUUUGUAAUGACGGUUAUUUUAUUGAAAUACGACCUUGAAUAAAGAUAUCUUUUGUCAUCGCCAGAGAGACUGGUUGUUUCUUUUCUAAUUCAGUUAUUAAUGCAGUCCAACUUUCAAUUGUGCGACCACCUCUCAUAAGCGACCGCGACCACUUUUUUGGGUGACGACUUUCCAUUGUUUUUAUCCUCCUGUAAGCGACCACUUAAAGCAUGAUCUCAGUGUUCGUUGUAUGUACUACACUACUAAGAGAAAACGAUUUACUUUUCGUGACAACAUAAAACUAAGCAGAUCUUAACUCAGAGAUUGCAUGCAAUAAGUUCUCUUCCAAAAUUUAGAUUGUUGAUUGUUUGGACCUCUUAUAGAAUGGGAACCCCUGUGGAUCGAUUCUCUAAGUGACCACUAAACCUUUUGGGUGGUCGAUUACGGGAGGUUUGACUGUACUUCAGGCGAGAAGUCUCGCAGGAGUACACGAAUAAAUAUUGGUGCUAUUUUGUUUCUUAGGCGGCGAAUAUUUUAUUUUUUAAACCUUAAAGCCCUUCAGUAUCAGCUUGCUUAUUCUAGGAUUAAAUUAACUGCAAAAACCGUGGACUAGUUGUAAACGUUGGAUCUCUAGAAAAGAGAUCUAAUCAGCCAAAAUAUAAAGAACCAAGAACGAGAAGUCCAAAGACUACUGCAAAGCUGAUUUAAAACAACGUGUAUUGUGUUUUUUUAACAAUAUUUCGGCUGGCCAUACCAGCCUUCUUCAGGUUUACAGAUGUUACUGAACUUAUGUACCAAUCACAAUAUCAUAUAGAUGGAGAAUGUCGCAAUAAAAGGGAGAGGCGGAAAUGACGCUGGGAGUCGCAUUUGAUAGAUAAGGGCACGACUCUUGAACCUCAUGGCCUAAACCGCCGUGACGAAUUAUUGUAAUCCAUAUCCUUAGUAUUUUUCCUUUCCAGUUUUUAUGUUGUAACGUCAUUCCCGCCUCUCCCUUUUAUUGCGACAUUCUCCAUCUAUAUAAUAUUGUGAUUGCUUCAUAAGUUUAGUAACAUCUGUAAACCUGAAGAAGGCUGGUAUGGCCAGCCGAAAUAUUGUUAUAAAAAACAAUACAAGUUGUUUUAAAUCAGCUUUGCAGUAGUCUUUGGACUUCUCGUUCUCGGUUGCUUAUUCUACAAUCCUUUAAAUUUCCUUUGGUACUGAUGAGAAGAAUUUUUUCAACAGCAAGACAUUUCAACUUUGAUCAGAUUUGUUGAAUUUACAGCCUAGCGUUUCUUCAUGCAACCAUCGGAAACCUCUUCAAAACUGCUGAACAAACCAUAGAUUUUGCCAAAUCUGUUACAGUUUUGUGGUUUUCAUCAUUUUUUUUUCUGUUUCAAACUGGAAUUAGAAGAAAAAUCUCUCAGCUUAUCUAACAUUCAGGCCUACCAUAAAAAAUGUGGCCACUCUCGUAUAAAAAUGACAGGAAUGCUUGUCGGAAAAUUAGAAUCAAACCCCCUGAAGAAGACCAAUUUGGGUGUGGCUCAACUUUAUUUGACCCCGAAAGAAGACCUAACACUAUUUGUUAUGUUUAUUUAGGAAUUUGCUUUUGGGCCAACGCCAAGUGAUAGCUCUUAGUUUAAACUUUUAAAACUAAAUGUAUUUUCAGUAAGGGGAAAGAUGCACUAAACACCGAAGUCUUCGUUUUAUAACCAAUGGAAAACGAAAGCUAAUUUUCAGGUCAAGAAAAGAAAUGUUAAGUGGGACCGUGUCGGAACAGGUAUACAGGGUGUUUCAAAAGUUCGUUCCGAUUGUAUAUUGUAUUUUGCGCAAAGCAUUUAAUGCUUUGUUAGGCAAAUGUACACUGAUUCAGGUAAGAAAUUUAUAUAAAUAACCUUUAAAAGCUAGUUUAAACUAAGAUUUGAAGAAAUUAUAAUAUGCACGUACUUGAGUUUUUUCCCGCUCUACUUUUCCUGCCCAUUUUGUAGGUUUUCUAUUUUCGUUCUUUUUUUUUCCGCUUUCUUUUAUUUAUUCUACUACUUCACGAAAAUGAAGGUGUACACUGUUUGUACUUUAGAGCUCUAGAGCUCAUGCAUCUGUUUUUACGGUUUUCUGGCCAUUCAGUCAAAGAAAUUGGCAAACUGUUGAAGAAGUCUGAACGAUUUAAGUGAACAAGUGGUCAACAUUAAAGACUUUAGAAGACAAACUAAGGAGUGAUGGCCGUUGUUUUUUAAAUGUGUGAGAAGUGUUAUCGAAAAAGCUGUAAGCAGUGGUAAGUAUAUGAGUAGUAAUUCUCCAAGACAGAAAGGUAAAAAAAUUCAACUUUACAAUAUCAAAGUUUCGAGCACAACAGAAUGAAGAUAAAUGACCAACAAAGGUUGGAAAGCCUUGAAUAGGAAAAUUAAAGGCGGCGCACACGCGGACAUGGUGUCAGAAAAAUUUGCAAACUUUAUAGCAAAGGGCGACCGGCUGGUAAACUCACGUGAUGCGAAUCCUCUAGAGACCAUCUGGAUUAUCGUUAACGAGAUGACAUACAAAGAUCCAGCCCCAAAAACACUGGACGAGCUAAGACAGUGACUACGCUUCACCUGGAAAAAUGUUUCUUAGACACACUUUGGGAGCUCGUACAUUCUAUACCUCACCACUUAGAAAAUGUCAGAAAACAUAAUGGAAGACAUUUUGGUUACUAAUAUGUCAGAUAUUCAAUGUUAAGUGAUUAAUAAAUAACAUACUUAAGUUUUAGAAACUGUAUUUUUAAUAAUCAGUGAAUUCUUAGCGAAGAAAAAAUCGGAACGAACCUUUGAAACACCUUGUACAUGUAUAACUACUUUUGCCACAAUUCGAAAAAUCACGCAUUCGUAAAUUAAAAUGUGAAAAAAGGUUAGUAAGAAGUAAAGUAAAAGUUGGAUUUCGAAUGUAACACCGAUAGAAUUCUUAAAAAAGGCUUCUUUUCUCGUCUGAUGGAAGAUGAUGACUCAGCAAGUGAGUCGUUCUGAGCUGAUUGUGUCUCGUCACAAUUUUUGUACCAUUUUCUUAGCAAAAUUGCAGAGCAAGUUUCCCUGAGGGAAGAUUGUCUAGUGUAACAGGGCCAAAUGGGAUUUUUUUGUUUCAUUAAACGUGAGCAGGUUUUAUUUUUGCACUCAUCUUAGAUGAUCCAACUGGUCCGGGAUACUGCUGGAGUACUGAGACGAUGCGCAAAGCUCAGAUCGUGGAAAAAGGGGUGCAUUUUCGUCCAAGCGGAAGACCAUAG